UUUAUGCCGGGGUUAGGUUCCAGAAGGAAUGAUUGUAAAUCGAAACCGUUGUAAAUUGAAACCCAGUUUAUAAUCAUUAAGAAAUGGCUCAGGAGACGAAUCAGACUCCAGGACCUAUGCUGUGCAGUACAGGAUGUGGCUUUUAUGGCAACCCUAGAACCAGUGGCAUGUGCUCAGUGUGCUACAAAGAGCAUCUUCAGCGGCAAAACAGUGGCAGAAUCAGCCCAAUGGGCACAACUAGUGGUUCAAAUAGUCCUUCAGCUGAAUAUGCAUCUGUACAGAGAGUAGAAACUGCUUUGAACAUCUGUGACGCUGCUAGCAGCCCAUCGACAAAUCAAGGGAGUUUACCUGUUACCCAGCAGAUGACAGAAAUGAGCAUUUCAAGAGAAGACCAUAUAACCUCUGCAAAACUAGAAACUACAGAACCUGUUGUGACCCAGCCAAGUCCAUCUGUAUCUCAGCCUAGUACUUCUCAGAAUGAGGAAAAGGCCCCAGAAUUGACAAAACCAAAGAAAAACAGAUGUUUCAUGUGCAGGAAGAAGAUUGGACUUACAGGUUUUGAUUGUCGCUGUGGAAAUCUGUUUUGUGGACUUCAUCGUUAUUCGGACAAGCACAACUGCCCUUAUGACUACAAAGCUGAGGCUGCAGCAAAAAUAAGGAAAGAAAAUCCUGUUGUUGUUGCAGAGAAGAUUCAGAGAAUAUAAAACCUAUGAUUUGUGAAGAUUGACUUUUUUUUUUAUUAUUUUUGUUCUGAUUUUAAAAUAUCCUAGGGAAACAUUUAAAAGCAGAUGCAUGUCCAUUUUUUUUUUCUUUCCUUUUGAUGUUAUCCAGAGUUUUACUUUUUGUGAUGUCUCCUCUUCUGUUUUUGAGUUUUAGGAUGUUUGGGUGUUUGUUACAGAGAACUUUUGGUUGGAGAGAUACAGCCCUUUCAAGCUUGUGUACCUGAACCCAGAGACCUUGAACAUAUUAGUACUGGCCUAUAUAUUUCAUUUCAAUGCAUAUCUUAGUAAAAGAAUGUUUAGUAUAUGUGCCAAAAACAGGCUUAAAAUCUGCAUGUCUGCAACAGAUGCUCAUUUAGUAUCUUGUAUUGGAUAACACGUUGGCAUAUGCAAUGCACCUCUUCCUGUAUUUUUGUUGUGGGAUUUUGUUUCUUCCUUUUGAACAAACUAAUUUGGAUGAAAAUGAAACGUUGCAUGGCACGAUUUGAAGAUGACUACUAUGCAAGACAAAAUAAAUUUCCUAUGGUGGUGUUACAUUGCAUAAAUUUUGUAUACUUGAUUUUCAUUGACGUUCUCAUACUUGUAUGUAUAAUAUAUUGUUUUCCAUUCUGGCUAAUGUCUUGCAGCUGACAGCCUUUAAAAGGGUGUCCACAUUUUAUAUAAAAAUUAAGGUAUUAAAACAUUCAAGCUAUCUGCUAGGCUUUACCAAUACAUUUUUAAGUUAGCAUGAUAAAAGUGCAAGCCCAUUAAAUAUUGGAGGCUAACGUACACAAAGUUACCUUUUUUUCUUUUUGUAUUGUUUCCUGAGGCCUUACUAAUAUAAUGUAAUAUUUGUGGCUUGUUAGUUGCAAAUCCAACCUAGUGACACUCCCUUGUGAUGGAGAAUUAGGCACUUGUACAAUUAAUUGAUGUCUGAAUUUGUGAUAUUACUUGUAUCUGUGCCAACAGCUAACAUUCUCUGUCAAGCU